AUUACUCGAAAACAAAAUCCAAUCCCCUCUUCACCAAAACGUAUAUCAUCUAUUCAUCCGUCACUAACACUUGAAUCGAAUCAAAUUUCGUUACCCCACAUGAUCAUUCUUCCCCGAUCUGUAGAAGAAACUGAAUAAUACUCUCUCAACACCCUCAGCUGUUGCAAUCAGAUUCGUACUUCCUCAAGCCGACAGGCGACACGAUCUUCAAAACCAUCUCAAUCGGAGCAGUCGAUCUCAUUUUUUUCGUAUUCCGCUCAAAUUUCAUUGUUUCUCAUGUGAAAUAUAAUGGCGUCGUGAUAGAAAAGGAAUAAAGUAAAAAAAAAAAAGGAAACUAGGGUUUUCCUUGAUUUGGCGUUGAAUGGCAGCCCAUGUCUGGAGGGAUGCUUACAGGGGCAUGUCCACUGAUAAUAUCAAGGGUUUGAUUUUGGCAUUGUCUUCUAGUUUGUUUAUUGGUGCUAGCUUCAUUGUUAAGAAAAAAGGUCUCAUAAAAGCAGGUGCUUCUGGUACCAGGGCAGGAGUUGGAGGAUACUCAUACUUAUUGGAGCCUCUAUGGUGGGUAGGCAUGACAACAAUGAUUGUUGGAGAGAUAGCAAAUUUUGCUGCAUAUGCAUUUGCACCGGCUAUUCUGGUCACUCCUCUUGGGGCUCUCAGCAUUAUAAUCAGUGCUGUGCUUGCAUAUAUUAUUUUGAGAGAGAAGCUGCAUAUUUUUGGAAUUCUUGGUUGUGCUUUAUGUGUUGUGGGCUCCACCACAAUUGUUCUACAUGCUCCUCAGGAACGUCAGAUGGAAUCAGUGACAGAAGUAUGGGAUCUUGCCACAGAGCCAGCUUUCGUCCUAUAUGCAGUAUUGGUUUUGAUGGCUGUUUUUAUGAUAGUAUUCUGUUAUAUCCCUAUAUAUGGUCAGACACACAUAAUGUGCUAUAUUGGAGUAUGUUCACUAGUAGGCUCAUUAUCGGUGAUGAGUGUGAAAGCCGUUGGCAUUGCUUUGAAGCUUACUUUUUCAGGAAUGAAUCAGAUGGUAUAUCCCCAAACAUGGGUUUUUACCUUCAUUGUUCUCCUUUGUGUCAUCACUCAAAUGAAUUAUCUCAACAAGGCACUUGAUACAUUUAAUACAGCUGUUGUCUCUCCCAUAUACUACACUAUGUUCACAUCUCUUACUAUCUUGGCAAGUGUGAUCAUGUUCAAGGAUUGGGAUGGGCAGAAUCCUACUCAGAUUGUGACUGAACUAUGUGGAUUUGUGACCAUUCUUGCUGGAACCUUUCUUCUUCACAAAACAAAAGACAUGGUUGAUGGUCCCACAACUUUAUCAGGGCGAUUAUCAAAACGCAUAACAGAGGAGGAUGAUGAAGAUGGCAUCCCUUUGAGAAGACAAGAUCUGUCUGUAUGAAUUCAUCAAAACAUCUCAAUUUCACAUUUCAUAUUGUAUUUGAUGAAUACAAAAAGGAAAGAAAGGAAAUUCUUUCAGUUUUGGGCAACGUACUUUUGUAAUUGUAAGCACAUUUAGUUUAUACAAA